AUGGGUGAAGGCCAGGCCACCAGGCACUCGCCACCGAGCCCAACCCCCAGGCCUGGCUCCAGGGGGGAUGGCCCGGUGACCCAUGUCCGGGUUUCUGCUGUUUACACCAAAUAUAAGAAAUCCUCAUUUAGACCGAACUUCCACAGUGACGUGUUCCUCUGCGGUGACUCAUCACAUAUAAGUUUUGGGGAAGAGUCCAAGUCUAACCCUAAACCUAAUCGUACCAUCAUGGUUCUUGGAGCAACUGGGGCUGGGAAGUCAACUCUGAUCAAUGGAAUGAUCAAUUACAUUUUGGGUGUCAAAUGGGAGGAUUCAUUUCGGUUCAAGUUAGUUCAUGAGGAUCAGUCGAAGUCACAAGCUGAAAGCCAGACUUCUGAAGUCACUGUGUACAAAAUCAACCACCAGGAAGGCUUUAAAAUCGAGAACUCUCUGACUAUUGUGGACACUCCAGGCUUUGGAGAUACGAGAGGAAUAACAAGAGACAGAGAGAUCACAGAGCAGCUAAAUAAUCUCUUCUCUGCUACGAAUGGUGUCAGUGAAAUUGAUGCCAUUUGUUUUGUAGCUCAAGCUUCAUUAGCACGACUCACACCAUCACAGAAGUACGUGUUUGAUUCUGUGCUUUCAAUCUUUGGCAAAGAUGUGGCAGAAAACAUCAGAGUUCUGGUGACAUUUGCAGACGGUCAACUUCCACCAGUUCUAGAGGCAAUCAAUAAAGCCGGUGUCCCAUGUCCUAAAGCAAAAAAUGGGCUGCCAUCUCACUUCAAAUUCAAUAACUCAGCGUUAUUUGCAGGCAACAAAUCAUCUGCAGCAAACAGCUCAGAUGAUGAAGAUGAUGAAGAUGGAGGCUUUGAUCAGAUGUUUUGGGACAUGGGGACAAAAAGUAUGAAGAAGUUUUUUAACGCUUUGAAUGUCAUACAAACCAAAAGCCUGACACUGACGAAGGAAGUCCUCAGAGAAAGACAGCAGCUCGAGGUUUCAGUUGAAAAUUUGCAGCAGCAGGUUAAAGUUGAGUUAGCCAAGCUUGAGGAGAUAAAAGAGACAUCUGAACAACUGAAAGAGCAUGAGGCAGAGAUUAGCAGGAAUGAGAAUUUUGAGUUUGAAGUCAAAGUCACAAAACCUUUUCAAGAAGAUAUUUCUCGUACUGGAAACUACAUCACCAACUGUCAGCAGUGUCACCAAACCUGCCAUUAUCCGUGUGGCAUUGCAAAUGAUGCAGAUAAACGUGGCUGCUGGGCAAUGGGACAAGAUGGAAAUUGUCAUCAAUGCCCUGGUAGAUGUAAUUGGUCUGUACAUUUCAAUCAGAAGUACAAAUGGGAGUAUAAGGAGGUUAAAGAAAAGCGAACCGUGAAAGAGCUGCAAGAAAAGUACCUAGAAGCCUCAAAGGCUAAGACACCAGUUGAGGCUUUGAUUAAUAAACUGAAGGCUGAAUAUGAUCAUGUGCAGGCAGAGGUGAAAACAUUGGUGGAGAGGUCUGCAAAGUGUUUAAACAGACUCAAAGAGAUAGCACUGAAGCCAAAUCCUCUCUCCACUCCAGAGUACAUUGACAUGCUUAUUGAGGGAGAGAAAUCUGAGGCCAAACCAGGAUGGAAGAAACGAAUUCAGGCCCUGAUAGACAUAAGAGGAAAAGCAGAAACCAUGGCUAAAUUAGACAGAGGAGAAGAACUGACAUCAACUGAUAUCAAUCAAGAUGAGGCAGAGACCAAUACCAACCAAGAUGAAGCAGAGACUGAUAAAGACCAAGAUGAAGCAGAGAGCGAUACCAACCAAGACGAAGCAGAGGACGAUACCAACCAAAACAAAGCAGAGACUGGAACCAACCAAGAUGAAACAGAUACCAAGACAGACCAAGAUGACAAUGAGCCUUAUUUUGAAAUAGAAUCUCAUAUGAAUGAAGCCUAA